CUGAAAUCUGGUGGUACCGACCAGUGACCCGCACCACCCACCCGCCUAAAUCCACCCGCCUAAACCCACCCGAGUGUCCUAAUCCUUCGAAUCGAACCCCCGAAUUAAACAUCUCCCUGCUGCUGCCCGUCUCUACGUCCCGUCGGCUGCGAGCUUGCGUCGAUUUCGGUUUCGAUUUCGACUUCGUCACUCCUUUGAACAACCUGCACCUCGCACCCGCCACCCGUGCGCGUGCUCGCAGCUUCUUCCUCAUACGGCCGUUGUUUGCCCCCUAGAAUCUGGCUGUGACGGAGGCGCCAUGUCGCUGAAUGGCUUGGACGAUCUCAAGGUCCAGGAAGCCCACGGGGCCGCCGCCGCCGAACCCGGAGGAUGGUUCCUCCUGAAGUACGCCAGUCGCGAUGAGAUCGAGUUGCUGGGCCGUGGCUCCGGCGGCAUCGUCGAAGUGCGCACCAAAAUCGCCGAGUACGAGGAGACCAGCCCCCUCUACGGCUUUCUCAGGUAUCGGAGGAGAAACGUCUUGAUCAAGUACCUGCCCGAGGACUGCUCGCGUCUCAUUCAAGCUCGGGUGGCCGUCCACUUCAAUGCCGUCUGCGAACGAUUCUCCCCAUACGACACCACUUUCGAGAUCACUACAGCCAAGGAACUGAAGGAUACCAAGCUGUCUGCUGCCUGUUCAUUGCACGCCGCCUCGGGUUCCAACUCGUCCGCUACGAGCUCAAUACGUCGCAGGCGCUUAGUCGAAAUUGCCGAGGAGGAAGAGGAAGAACAGCAGCAACGGGCAAGCAAACGCCAAUCCCUAAACCAAGAUGGCGAUGAGGUUGGACCUCCGCAGACGCCUCAGCCGGACAAUGGGCCCGCGGACCCUGUAACUCUCAACUCGGAACUCGCCUCAUCCCCCGAGGAAAGGAAAUUCUCGGCUUCUUCCACCUCUGAGGUGCCCAACUUCGUUGGCGUCGGCGAAACCCCUGGUUCCGAAGACCUUUCUGGCGAGGGCGCUCCGCGUAUGUCGUCCCAGUCCGGCCGACCCGACUAUUCCAACUACAACCCCUACAGUUACGGAAAGCCGAAAGUGAAACUUGCGCCGCGCCCCUCGUUGGAGACGGGUGGCAGACCUCGCACAGCUGGAAGCUUCCGACCUGUCUCCCAGAUGCCCGCCGGCUUCAAGUUGUUCGGCAAGGGCUCCAAGAAAGGCAAGAAGGACGACGGCGCUACCUCAACCGAAGAAGAGCUCGCCGAGAAUGGUGUUGCUGCCAAUGCCCUCUCUAUCCCCGAAGAGGACAACCUCGCGCAACCUGAAGACGUUGCGCGACCAACUACGAGCUCGGGCGUGUCUACGGCCCCAUCCGUUGUGCCCGCGCCUCCGGCGAAGUCGGUCAUAUCACCAGAGAAGGCCAGACUGAUGAAGGCCAUGAAGCUUCGCGAGAAGAAGAAGAAGAAGAACCUAACCAUCAACCCUUUGGAUGCGCCAGGGCCUGAAAUUGACUCACCUGCGCUUAGCAUCGAUACCCUUGGUGACAAGUCCGUGGAGGAUGAGGAGCUGGAGACCCAGCCAUCGAUAACCAACGAGGAUUCGGCAAUUGGUCUCGAUGCUUCUUCGUCGUCCAUGAAUACGGAUCAGGCCUCCGAGCUUACCCAGUCUGAUUCACACCCCGCCAGUCCCAUUAUCGCCUCUUCAGAACCCGACCAUUCCACAAAGGCAUCUUCACUAUCAGAGUCUACAGAUGAAACCGUCCAGGCUAAGAGUGAUGACAUGCCCGAUGAUGAGGAUGAACUUGACAUCUCUAAGCCUGUAGAAGAACCCGAGAAGGAGAGCACUCCCGAGGCUGUCGGGGCCCCUGCAGCGGACACGACUAUUGAGCAGACCGUUACAAAGGAGUCAAUUCCCGCAGAAGCAGUGGAGACUCCUACAAGUGCCGAGCCUAAGGCGGCGCCUCAAACAGAUACUCAAUCUAAAAAGGACGGGCCGGAGGAAAAGCCAGAGGGGAUACUUCCAGCGCCAAUUGGUGAGACAGACAGCAUUCCGGCAACGUCAACAUUCGCAUUCUUGAGCAGCAAGGGACCCGAAACAGACCAAAUUCCAGACGCGACAGAGACGAAGGAGGGGGAGGACGCGAACACGAUCACAUUAAAUAAUGGCGAGGACCUCUCCCCCAAGGCGACCCCCGCGUUGCAGAUUCCCAAGUCCAAGUUCUCUUCCCAGAAUCUACAUUCCGAGGCUCAAAGCCCUUCAGUCCCUACCAUCAACUCGCCUGACGAAAGAAGUAUUCUGGAGGAGAGCCCCGCCAUCACAGCCGAUAAGGCCAACGACGAAGACGCCAACGCAGAUACCACAACGGAAUCCAAACCGAAGCGAAAGUUCUUUGUUGAGCCGAUCCGAACAGACUUAACCCGCCCAGAGUCGCAAAUAGGAGUACACCUGUCUGACGACGAGUUGGAUGAACUGCAAAGCGCAACUUUCCAAGACGCAAGACCGAUGCUCGUUUCAAAGAGCCCCGUCACACCGGUGUUCCCAAGCCCAACUAAGGGAGGGCCUUCACCACACACCGUCCGGACGGUGUCGAACCCUGUUCGGGGAACCUUCCUCACACCUGGUGAUGUUAGCCAGAGCUCUGCGCGGUCCGUUAGCUCAGGCGGCGCUGCGCUCCUGCACAAGGUCGCCCAGCAGCCGGUAGGCCCCAACCUUUCCAAGAGGUCCAACGUGGGAUCAAGCAUUUCUCAGCGCAUCAAGGCGUUGGAGAAGCUGUCCGCCACCUCGGGCAAGGAAGUUGCACCCCCCCGAGGCGUGAGCCGGGAGCGUCCGUCUUCGACCUUCUUUUCUGUCAAGAAGGGCAGGGAGGCAUCGAGAUCGCCAUCACUGGCUGAUAGAACAAAUUCGUUCACCCGCCCAGCUGUCCGAACGCCGCCCUCGAGAUCUGGCUCUAGGGAUGAGUCUCCUGAGGCAACCCGGCGGCCACGACGCGACCGUUCUGCCUCAGUGGCGAGCAGACUGUCUAUGUUUGAGGCCCCAAGUGAGGGAAACUCAACCUCGCACUCGCCCGGUAGCACCCCUCGUGGUCGCCCAGAGUCUAUCUCAGUCACGGCCAAGAUUGUUCGGGAUCCGAAUGCGGCGAGGUCGUUUGAGCCCCCGAAGGACCUCUCCGAGUUCAACCAUCUCGAACUCAAGCAGUCGCCCCUGAUGGUCGACCACCACAAGGCUGCGCCAGGAUGGACACCGACGACUCUGGAACAGAAGGACACUAUCCAGGAGCGGCGCAUGUCUAAAGAGUCACGAGCCAGCCAGGACACCAAGUCGCGGCGGUCCUCGCUUACCGUCGUCAAGGACUUUAUUAAGGAGCGCCGCAAGUCGGUGACGUCCAUCACAUCGGACGCCUUUAGCGGCUCGCGAUCUCCUACGCGACCGCCGUCGACUCACCAAAACAGUACCUCCUUCACCCAGCGCCUCUCUAUCAGCAGCCGCCGAUCGUCCUUUAACCGAGACCGUGAGAGCGUGCUGUCUCCUACCCCCACAGAGGGCUCUGGAUCCGGUGACGAUUCCAAGUCUAAUAGUGAUAAGAAGAAGUCGCGUGCCGGCCGCUUCAUGCGCCGCCUUUCGUCGCUCUCCGGGUCCCGGGGUAAGAUUGCGAUGCCCCCGGGCAUCUCUGCCACUGUGGCCGAGGAGGAUCUGGAGCCUAUCCGACCCGCGACCACCGGCUCGCCGUCCAUCGCCUCGUACAUGGGCGAUGUCAACGUCCAGUUCCCCGACAACCUGCUCUGGAAGCGACGCAACCUGUGCCUCGACACCCAGGGUUACCUCAUCUUCAGCGCUCUCCCUGGCCAGAGCGGCCGUGCCGCUCAGGGCACGAAGCGCUACCACAUGAGCGAGUUCCGCCAGCCGUACAUUCCCGACGUCGAUGCCCAGGAGCUGCCCAACAGCGUCGUUCUCGACUUCAUGGAGGGCAGUGGUCUUCAAGUCGCGUGUGAGGACCGGUCGGGCCAGACAACCGUUCUGCAGACCGUGCAAGAUGCUCACCGCAAGUAUGCCACGAGCUUCGGGCAGUAAAGCGUGCUUUAGAGCUCAUCCUCAACCACCAAUUUCAACAACUAUUACCACCCAGUCUAAUAAACUCUGCCGUGGUCAUUCUUGAGACAUGGCCCGCCCAGGAAGCAAUCUACAAUGACGGCUAGAAUCCUUUGUCAUUUUCGAUAUGGUAGAAGCAGUUAUCCUUCUCCUCGCCCACUCGACUUGUCAACUCUUGCAUACACCCAGCGUUAAUGCCUUACGACAUCGCCCCUUCUUGCUUUCGCCUCUACGCCGGCUUUGCGGGAUGCUUGAGGACGUGUGUAUCUCCACCUCGUCCUUCAAGCUGUACAAGAGGAUGUUGAAGAACACCCUGCCAGCCUACCACGGGAGACCACUUUACUCUCCUCCUAUUCUCUUUGCAACCUACUAAAAUACGCGCCGACGACGCUCUUCCCUACCAUUUUAUCUCGUUUCUCGCCACCCCAUUCCACCAACACAAAACACACCGUUUUG